UUUCACGUGCUAGGGAUUUUUUUAGUACCCGGACUGGCCACCAGGCGGCGCCAUUUUACUUUUAAAAAAAGUGGGGGGUACCCUCCUAAAAUAACCUUAAGUGGUAAAAUUAUUAUUGAAAAAUAUUGAGAUCAGUGUAAUUUUAUUAUUAAUUAUUGAAGUAAUACCUAAACAUAUAAUUGCAUCUAUAUUAUUGUUUGCUUUGAAAUUUUGCCUAAAAAAUAAUGAUGUCGAACCUUGCUGAGCAAAAGUUGAUUCUCAAAGGUUAUUCCCAUUCAGAGGCACAUUCAAUUUUAUAUACAUGGAAAAUUGAUCAGAUAGAUUCAUUUAUUAAAUCUGCCAAGAAGGAAGAAAAAAUUAUUGAGAUAGAUUCUCCAAAAUUUUCAACUGGUGCGAAAAUAAAAGAUUCAUGGCACUUACAACUUAGAAUUCAAAAAGAUGAAAAUAAAUCAAAAAAUAAAUCAUGGGUAUCAAUUUAUUUAUGUUCAAACAAUAAAAAUGUAGAAGUUAGAACAAAGUUGAUAUUCUUUCUUCUGAAUAAAAAGAAGGAAAAAAUAUUCUAUAACUUUGGACUUUAUAAUAAAUCAUUUUAUGAUUUUCGUAACAUCUUUUUUAACAGUUCAAGAACUGUGUUUGGUUAUUCUACGUUUGUACUAAUAGAUGAGUUGUUAGAAAAAAAAGAUGAAUUUUUUGAAAAUGAUGCUUUGACAGUUGGUAUUAAUCUCAUUGUCUAUGAUGAUUAUGUUGCAACAAAUCAUCCGAUAAAUAGAUUGAAAGCGUCCAUUUAUAAAUUAAGUGACGAUUUUAGAGACCUUUUAGUUGCUAAGAAGAAAUGUGAUGUUAAAAUUCAAGUCGGUGGAAAAAUAUUUGACGCUCACAAGCUCGUUUUAACCACACGUAGCUGUGUCUUCGAUGCCAUGUUCUCACAUGAUAUGAAAGAGAACAAGAAAAAUGAAAUAACUAUACCAGAUGUUGAUCCUGAUGUUUUCGAAAAAGUUCUUGAUUAUAUCUACACAGACAAAGUCGACGAUCUAAAGACUUUUGCUGAGGAAUUAUUAGAAGUGUCUGAUAAAUAUCAACUUCUAGGACUUAAAGAAAUCUGUGAAGAAUAUUUAUCAGAAAGUUUGUCUGUUGAAAAUUCUAUCAGGAUACUGAUUUUAGCAGAUCUUCACAAUUCAAAAAUAUUGGUGAAAUUUGCUAAAAAUUACAUAGUUACCGAGUUGGCGAAUUUAAAAGAUACUGAGGAGUAUAAAGCACUAGAAGAGUCUUAUCCAGCUUUGUUUGUGGCUCUACUCAAGGAACACCUGAAUAAAUUCAGUACUAAUUAAUGUACUGCUGUUUAGGUUCCAUAUUCUUCAUCGUUUGAUUUUAUAUAAAAAGAUAUCAUACUUUAAAAAAGCGAUCACACAAUCAAUAUUGGUG